AUAUACCUUGUUUUGAAUUCAACUUUGAUGGAGUAAUUUAUUAUUAGUAACAACUAACAAGUCAUCAACCCUACUAGACCUUGCACCCUAUAGUACAAUGAACUUCAAUCCGAUCAAUAAUUAUAGCCAAGAAAAUCAAGUUCUAAUGGCAAAUCGCCAUGACGACGUAAGCCAAACAUUCCUUUAUCCCUUCCCAUAGUCAUAACUCUUGCGGUCUUGCUGCGGCAUUGACAGUGUGAAGUACUGAACGAUUUAACAGGUUCGUGUUUAAAAAUACUAAUAAUUUACCAUUAAUUAAAUAAGCAAAGUUUAAUAUUAAAAUUUUUCAGUCAUAAUGCGGGUAACGGGUUCCCGUGCCUACUCUAGAACAACUCCGGUACCUAAGAUGCCUUCAGGUCUAGUCGAACUUAUGGAAGACCUAUCCAAAGAAGUUCUUAAAAAUAAUCCAGAAAAUAUUUAUGAUUUUUGUGCUGCUCAUAUGUCAAAGUUAUUAGAAAUUAGGAAUGGAACUUCAAUCGUGAAAAAUGUAAUUUCCUUAAAUGAUAAAAUUCAAAUAGUGCAAGAAAAAAUGAGGCAAAAAGCCCAUGAACGUCGACAAAGGUACGAUAAGGCCAGUGAGAAGACGGAAAAGAUCAUAACUGAUAAAAACUUUUCAGAGUCAGUUACGCCAUCUUCUAUUGAAGAUAAACUUUUACCAACUAAAGCAGAAUGUGUCGUGCUAUCAUCAACCAUUCCACAUGAUGAUGAAUUGAUUUCAGUAAUAAAUUCGAAAAAGGAAAUCUUACAUGAAACUAUCUCAGGUUCAGUGAACAAUAAAGUAAAUGAAAAACCAACAAAAAUAAAAUCAGAUGAUAUCAAUGUAGAUUCGUCAAAUAAAGAAAUUAUUUCACAGUUGAGUGUACUUAAUUGUGAAAAAAAAAUCUAUGAGAUUGAAGGUGAUAACUUAGAUACCACUAAUGCACUAGGAAAGGAUGAUGAAAAUGGCGAAAAUGAGCCAAGCCAUAAAUUGACAAGUGAUAUUGUGUCCUCAAAACAUUCGAAUGAUAAAGCAGAAAUGCAAAGUAUGAAUCAAAUAACUUGUGAAAUGAAGGAACUGGACAAAGAAGUAAAAAUGGAAAUUCCUAAAACUCAAGAUGAAUUUAAACAGUCUGAAUGCGCAAAUAAAAUGGCUGAAGUUGUAGUGCCUGUUACUACAAAUAUUGAAGACGUGUGCGGUCAGGAAAAUCGAUCAAAAGAAGUACCAAAUGACAACUCAAAAGUUCCUGUUACUGAGCUUUCUGAUGCAGAUACUAUAAUUGAAGGUGAAACGAGUACAAAUAUAUCGAAAGAAGGCAAUGAAUCUCAUCAAGUUAUAAACGCUAUUACAGAAAGUGAACAAAAAAUAAUUAUAUCAGAAGACACUUGUGACACGACUUUUGAGAAAAUAAAUCUAUCAGAAAACUACAACAUAACUGUUGCAAAUGAAAUUCCUAAUGCUGCCUUAGAAAAAAAUUCAAUAAUUGAUUCCAGUACAACAAACGAAUUACAAUCGCAUGAAAAUUUAUCUGCAGUAAAAGAGAACGAUGAUAGUAUUGAAUCGGAAAUUCAUAAAAUUUUGGAAGAACCGACAGACAGAACAGAUACUGUGACACACUUUGAAAGUGAAGCAAUGAAAGAUAACGCCUCUCAUGUAGACAUUGUCGAGCCCAAUACAAGUAUGGAUCUUGAGACAGCAGCAAUAACCAUUCAAAAGGUUUUUCGUUCUUUUCUUUUCAAAAGUAGAGCAUCAACUUGCGAUUCACACGAUGGAACUAAUUCGCUCGAAGAUGACAGUGAGAAAAAGGAAUUAAAUGAGUUUUCUAAUUUGAAUAUCGUUAAAGACAGAAGAGGCAUAGGCUUAACGAGAAUGGACACUGUUCUUCAAACAGUAAAUGAAGAAAAAUCGUUGUCAUUAUCUACAGACGACUCUUCCACGUUAUCAAGUGCAGCUACAAUUAUUCAAGCUCACGUUCGAGGAUUUCUGGUUAGAAACAAAUUUAAAUCUAAUAAUACACUCUCAAGUAAUUCUGUACCUAAUUCCGAUAUUUCCGCACGUCACGACAAUGAAAGUGAAGCACAAAAGUGUAAAACAGUGUUAAAUAUUCACAUUGUACCUGACGGAGCUGUAUCUAAUCUCAGUCGAGAUGAAAGUAUUCUGACAUCUAUGGAGCUAUCUUUGGAUGGCAGUCCUCCUUCGUCAGUAAAUUUACACCCUCUGGGUUAUAACAAGAGUGAACCUAGAAAACAGCUUAAAAGAGAAGAUGCUAUCCAAUCAGUGUCCCCGCCAAGCAAUAAUAGUGGGAAGCUAAGUGAAGAUGUUGAUUCCGUAAAAGAAAUUUUGAUUAAUGAAGUUAAUGCAAAUAAUUCUUCUGGACAGAGCACAGAAGAUUUAACAAUAGAAAACAACGAGGAACAUAAUCAACAAUUUAAAAUAAACAAAGAUUUGGAGGAAUGUAGUAUACUGGCUGAGAACGUAGUUAAGGAUGCUGUUCACGGUAAAAUAAUUAAUGGACAAGAGGACCCAACCGAAACGAAGAAGGGGAAUAUACUAAAAAAGAUGACUUCGGAUGAAAUGGACGUGGUAACACCGUUUGUGAAUAGUGUUAAAAAAAAUGAAAGUACGUCACUGUUAAAUUCUGGCGAGUUACAUGAUGCAGUGCUUCCGACUAAAGUGUUACGUAAUGACACAUCAGUCGUCCGUGGUGAGUGAGGACAUCUAUUAUAUCAGGUGAUAAUUGUUUAUGUUUUUUUCACCACCAUCAUUCGGUUAAACGCGCUCUUAGUUCAAGUAUGCUGUUUAUAUGGGCGUGUAUCGUCUAACGGAUUCAAGGCCCAUCACCAUGUCUUAAGCCUGUUGCAGACCGAAAACUAAGCUAUGCCAAAGCUAAAAUAAGCAAGCUAGGCUAAGCUAAGCUAGAAAUAAAUGGCGUGCAUGCCAAGAGCUAAGCCAAAGCUCAGUCAGUGUUGCGAAGUUCAAUUAGUCGGACGACGCUCGCUAUGAGUAUAAUCGAUGAAGAAAGUUCCGAUGAUGAUACAGUACACAUAGAAAAAGAAGAUGUAUACGGACUUAUUAUUAUUUAAGAAAAGGACAUUUUAGAUUUUGGUUAUGUUAACACAUUCAAUUUCGGCCCACAAGUGGUGAGCUUAGAACUUGUAUUUUAAGAGUUAGAUGAUGAACAUUUUCAGUUAUGUUAUCGUGUUACGAGAUUUCAGUUCCAUAGUACAGGAAAUUGUUUAACAAUUUCAAUAAAUUGCUCCAUAUUCGCAACAAAACGACCGUGCCUACGACAAAGGACACUGGACAACACUGGCGAAGGAUGUGCAAAAGGCGUGCAGGGAAGGCGGGAAGGGCUUAGCUUAGCUCGUGUAGCUGCGUAUCGGCCUACACAACUAACUUAGCAUGUUUUUAGCUCAGGUAGCUUAGUUCGCAUAGCUUGCGGUCUGCACACAAGUAUGAAAAACUGCGUCAGCUAUGCGAGCUAAGCUAAACUACCUUAGCUUAGCUCUUGGUCUGCAACCCGUAUUAAACGGUCACCCUAAAGGUAAAUCUUGUCAGUGAUCUUAAAUCGUAACGUCCAAGUCUAAAUUACAAUGUAAUAACGACUGGAUCACUCAAAACUAGAAUGCAUGACUGCUAUGCGCCAGAAUAUACAAGAUAGUGGUACCAGUACUAGUUCCUAACGUACGUGGAGAUGGGUCCGUUAAGUAUCCCCCUGCCACAAUAGAGGGCGGCAAAAUCAGACAUACUCGUAUCUUUUGGGAGAUUUGCUUUUGUCUUUUGUAUAAUUAUAGUUAUUAAUGUAAACAUUGCCAAAAAGAGGUAUGUACUAUCGUAACAAAGCGGUAAAUAACAUUCAUGUUUAAGCAAAAUGCAACUAUGUACUGUUUGUAAUUUUGAUAUUUCGUGAACAAUUCAUAAUGAAGGCAGCCAGUGGAUUCUUUCGUGCAUCGUUCGAGAUCGUGAAGUCACGCAUCACGUGUGUACCCCUAAUGCAAAAUGCUUUUUCUUAAAAAUAAUCUUCUGAUUGCGAUUUUAUGCCUAAUCGUAUCCGUAAAUCACCGGCACUUACAUUCUUUUUCAUCGGCGACGUUUUCUUACGUUGCUGUCUCUUAAAAACUUUUAAAAGAUUAAUUAAUUUUGAUUUCAGAGUUUAAAGCAGUAUUGGUGUAUUUUAUACUUUGGGAUAAAUAACAUUAGUAUCAUACUUCCACAUCUAACAGCACAUUUUUAUUUAGUAACUUGUUAAAGCAUUUAAUUAUAAUAUGCACAAAGUAUA